UUGCAUUUGUGGUGUGUGUGGUCUACACUUAUUCCUCCGUUUCCAUUCAUUAAUGACAACCUCAUAAAACACAAAACACAAAACACACAACACGAAACACACUCUCCCAUGCUCAUGAAACUCUUUGGUUUCACUUUGUUCUUGUCUCUUGCACACUACUUUCCCUUCACUCGCUCCACUACACAUAAUUAAAAAACCCAACCCCACACGCUCACACGCACGCCAUGUUCAACGAUCCAUUAAUCAUGGGUUCAACGAGCCAUGGCUCAGAGGAUCAUGAAGAAGACGAUGAACAAGUUAGAGAAAUCCAUGCCUUAACACCAACUCACCCUCCCCACCCACGUGGCAGACCCUGGGACACCCUUCACACCCACUCCCUAUCCGUCGCCAGCACCGACGGUGGCGCCUCCGACAACUUCACCACCAUGAGCAGAGAGUUCAACGCCUUGGUUCUCGCAGGCUCCAACAUCGACCCCGACAACAACCGCAACCUAACUCCCGUCAACCAAAACAACGUGAACAACAACCUGGGGAGGAUCAGAGAAGAUGAGUUGAUGGAAGAGACGAACCCUCUGGCAAUCGUGCCGGAUAACCACCCUCUGGACCCGGUUCCCUCGUCCCAAAUGGGUGGUGGUGGUGGUGCACGUGAAGAGCACGUGUCGGUGCAGAGGGUGAAGAAGGAGGAGGUGGAUACGAAGAUAUCGGCGUGGCAGAACGCGAAGGUUGCGAAGAUUAACAACAGGUUCAAGAGAGAAGACGCUGUGAUCAAUGGGUGGGAGAGCGAGCAGGUUCAGAAAGCUUCCUCUUGGAUGAAGAAAGUUGAGAGGAAGCUGGAGGAGAAAAGGGCAAGAGCAAUGGAGAAAAUGCAAAAUGACAUAGCAAAAGCUCAUAGAAAAGCAGAGGAGAGAAGGGCAUCAGCAGAAGCCAAAAGAGGAACGAAAGUGGCAAGGGUUUUGGAGAUUGCAAGUCUCAUGAGAGCAGUUGGAAGACCUCCUGCCAAAAAGUCCUUCUUCUAAAGAUUUCACAUUUCGAAAACCCUUUUGAAACAGAAUUUUAGAGAUAAAGGAAAAUAAAAAAUAAAAGGAAAACCAAAUUGAGAGAACAUUACUUGAUGGCAUAGUCUAUAAGAGCCCCUUUUCCUUUUUUGAAUUGGCUAAAGGGGGCAGCACUAUGAAAAGAAAGAAAGAAAAAAAGUGCAGAUGAGGGAUAUGUGUCAUUAUGUGAGAACCAAUUGGAGUGUUUGUAAGUGAUUGCAGUGUUUGAAUGAAGAUGAUGAGUGGUGACACGCUUA